UGUGGGGUCGGACAUAGCUAGCUACCCAUCAGGUGAUCUGCCUUCAGUCUUCCCGAUUCCCAGGCUCUCAAGGACAAGUAGCCUGCCCUUUGUCAAGGAUAGCUGUGGCCCUGCCUGCUCCUGCUGCUGCUGCUACUGCUGCUGCAUCCUCUUUGGCUCCCACGAAAUCAGACUCAUUGAACUGCCAUCCACUUGAGAUUCUCAACUCAGGGCCAUCUACCUGGAGCAUGGGGCUUUCAAAUGUCCAGCUCUGGCCAGUGCUACUGUGGGCAUUGGUGUGGGUGCAGGGCACAAGAGCUAAAUGCCCGUCCUGUGGGGGCCCAACACUGGCACCGCAAGGAGAGCGUUCUCUGGUCCUAGAACUAGCCAAGAGGCAAAUCCUGGAGGGGCUGCACCUAACCAGCCCUCCCAGAAUUCCUCGCCCUCUGCCCCAGGCAGUGCUGACCAGGGCCCUGCGGAGGCUGCAGCCGAGGAGCAGGGCUCCUGGCAAACAGGAGGAAGUCAUUAGCUUUGCUACCACCGUAGACAAAUCCACUUCAACCUACCGGUCCAUGCUCACCUUCCAGCUGUCCCCUCUUCGGUCCCACCACCUCUACCGUGCCCGCCUCUGGCUGCAUGUGCCGCCCUCUUUUCCCGGCACUCUGUACCUGAGGAUCUUCCGUUGUGGCACCAAUAGGUGCCGAGGAUCCCGCACCUUCCUAGCUGAGCACCGAAGGACUUCCUCUGGCUGGCACGCCCUGACUCUGCCCUCUAGUGGCUUGCGGGCUGAGGGAUCUGGGGUCGUGAAACUCCAGCUUAACUACAGACCCCUGGAGCUCCGCAGCACUGUUGCUGGCCUGCCCAGGCGGCUUGUGGAUACAGACGGACAGCAGCGUCCUUUCUUGGAACUUAAGAUCCGAGCUAAAGAACCCGGAGCAGGCCGGGCCAGAAGGAGGAUUCCCAGCUGUGAGGCCGAGACGCCUUUAUGCUGCAGGCGAGACCACUACGUAGACUUCCAGGAGCUGGGGUGGCGAGACUGGAUCCUGCAGCCCGAGGGAUACCAGCUGAAUUACUGCAGCGGGCAGUGCCCGCCCCACCUGGCCGGCAGCCCUGGCAUUGCUGCUUCCUUCCAUGCUGCUGUCUUCAGCCUCCUCAAAGCCAACAACCCUUGGCCUGCGGGUUCCUCCUGCUGCGUCCCCACGGCCCGAAGACCUCUCUCACUCCUCUACCUUGACCCUAACGGCAAUGUGGUCAAGACCGACGUGCCAGACAUGGUAGUAGAGGCCUGUGGCUGCAGCUAGCAAGAGGCCCUGAAGGUUCUGAGGGAAGGGCAAGGUUCAAGUUCAGGGUUCCCAAGCAAAGGAUUGGAAGCUCAUCUGGAAGCAUAAAGCUUCCUGACCCGUGCUGACCCCCAACAGGCUAUCUGGCAGUAGGACUGCGUUCGACCCCUAUGGAACUCAAAUGGGCAUUUUCUUGUUCCAGAUUCUGGCCUAUUUUAGGCUGUUUCAAAUGUGGACAGAUGAGUAAAGUGUUUCCUUUCAAGGGGACUGCCUGGCCAGCACCAUUUCCUAUAGCAAGCCCUGUUCCAGGACAGUAAGGGAAUGGGGUGGGAGGGAAGGGAGAAGGCAGGGGGAAAUUAGUGUCUCCCAAAAGAUAACAAAGCUCCUCGAGUAUGAAUGAAGUAGAGGAUCCGGCAGAUUGGGAAAAGGCAAACAUACAGGCUAAGAACAGGGACUCUUGCCUGCUUGGAACAAGGUCAAGAGGAAGAUGAGCAAGGUGCUGAGGGGAGAGGAGUGUUAGGAGGCCAUGGAAUUGGGAGUCAGUAAAAAGGGAUGCUGAGCCAUGGAGUCUCUAGUUUUUCCUUGGGGACAAGACCCACGUAAAGACAUACAUUUAUACUUUCUUAAUAAAAAAUGAGAAGGAAAGCAA